CUGAACAGCAAUAUCGUGAUUUAUUCCCAUAGAAACUAACUGAUGAAGAAAUUCUUCAUUGGGUCUAAAUUCAAGCUCUGGUUCAGUCAUCAGGUCCAUUAAUUUUUUAAAACUAAUAAUUUUAUUCCUCAAAAAUCAAUUCCUUUUUCUAGAACACUACACUUCAAAAUUAUAUAUCUAAAAGGUUAGAUUCUUCUUUUUUUGCAAGGAAAUUAUCUGGAUGCUUGAUUUUAUUUACAUCCACAACAAUAAAUUAUAAUGAAUUCGUGCAUAAAUACAAGAAUUUUAUCGCUUAUGACCAAUAAUUAACAGUGGGUAAUAAGUUUAAUAUGCAUAAACUUUGACAAUGCAUCAAGGAAAUUAAAUAAAGAUUGACAAAUAUACGUGUCAUUAAAACGCCUUAUUGUUCACUUAUUGUUUGUGGUUUGUGUACUGACAUCUGAUUGAUAAGCAAUAUUAACAAAUGAAUAAAAUCAAAACAAAAAGCAAGAAACAUGAAAAAAGUAAGGGCAAAAGGAAAAGAAAAACAGACUCAUCUGAUAGCGAAGAAGAACAGUUAGAAAACAAAAGGAAAAAACGACAUAAAGAAGAAUCACCUUCUAGUAGUUCUUCGUCAUCUUCGUCAUAUUCCAGCAGUUCUAGUAGCAGCACCACUACUGACACUAGUUGUUCAGUUAAAGUAAAGAAAAAGAGGAAAUCGUCGCCAUCUACUUCAUCAAGUUCAAGUGAAUCAUCUGAGGGGGAACAAAAGAGCAAAAAGAAAAAGAAGAUCCUUACCAAAAAACGCCCUAGAAAGCAGUCAUCUAGUUCGUCUACUUCUUCUUGCACUAGCGACAGCAGCUUAUCGAGUGACGCCAAAUCAAAAAAAUCUUCCAAAAGCUCGUCCAAAAAGAAAAAGCCGAAACAAGAGGAGGAAUCUAUGGAUAUACCUAUCAGUUUGAUGGAGAAAGGUAAGUCGAUGGCGCCGAUGACGAAAGAAGAGUGGGACAAGAAUCAGUCUACAGUUAAGAGAGUCUUUGAUGAGUCUACAGGGCGUCAUAGAUUGAUAAAAGGAAACGGUGAAGUGUUAGAGGAAAUAGUGAGCAGAGACCGUCACAAGGAAAUCAACAAAAUGGCGACCAAAGGUGAUGGGGAAUAUUUCCAAAAUAAACUGUCUUCUGCUGUUACGAAAUAA